AUGGCGAAAUUCAAUCUUCUCCUAAUACUCUUCCUAGCAUGCUCUACCAACAUUGCCACAUCCUCAAGGCCAUUCCCACCAUCAAACAAUGUUGUCAUGACGAGCUCGAAUGCUCACUCGAUGUUGCAAAGGUUGAAGCUUGACCAUGAAACACCAGGCUCAUCAUCGUCUGUCGAUUGCUGGGCCUCGAUGUUUGAGUUGCAGUCGUGCACUGGAGAGGUGAUCCAGUUCUUUUAUGAAGGUGAGACGUACCUAGGCCCGAAUUGUUGUCUUGCCAUUCGAGUUAUUGAGCAUCAUUGCUGGCCUAACAUGUUGGCUACUCUUGGGUUCACUUCUGAGGAAGGGGAUAUUCUACAAGGUUACUGUGACUCUGAGGAAGAUCAGCAAAAUGGGAACUGA